GUGUGUGUGUGUGUGUGUGUGUGUGUUAAAUAACUCCAGGGGAAGACAGUAUGAUCAAAUCAGAAUCUGUAUGAGUGCAAAAUUACGAUCAUUGUUAUUGAAAUACAAAAAUAUUACAAAGCAGCUUGAAUUUAAAAUGCGAAAUUAGAUAUUAGUGUUGGAAGCAGCAGCAGACGGCAGCACAGGUCAGCGUGGCCAGAGCUGAGGCGGUCGUCUGCAGUCCCGCGUGAGACCGGCCAUUCCCUGCCACUCACACUUGCUCGCCCCGCCUUACCCUUUCUUCACCUCGGCCACCAUGGGUAAUGUACAGGCCUCAGGACCGGCGCCGCCUGCCCCGCCUCCGCCAACAGCAGCAGCAGCAGCGCCUCUUCCUCCGCCUGCAGCGCCAGAGAAGAAGGAAGAUGACAACCCGGGACCCAUGGAGGAUCUUCACAAGAAAUGCAAAGAUGUGUUCCCAGUGAUGUUUGAGGGCGGCAAGUUCAUGCUCAACAAGGGGUUGAGCAACCACUUCCAGGUGUCCCACACAGUCAACUUCUCCACCAUUCAACCACCAGGAUAUAGAUUUGGGGCAACCUUUGUAGGAACCCAACAGGUGUCUCCAUCAGAGGCAUACCCUGUCAUGUUGGGAGACAUUGAUCCCUCUGGAAACCUCAAUGCCAGCAUUAUUCAUCAGCUCCACCCCAGUGUGAGGGCAAAGUUUGUGGCCCAGAUCCAGCAGAGCAAGUGGCAGGCAACACAGCUCACCCUGGACUGGCGAGGCACCAAUCACACCACUUCCCUCACGCUGGGCAAUGUUGACUUGGUGAAUGGCUCAGGUGUGGCCGUCACCCACUACCUGCAGCAAGUCACCAAGCGGUUAGCCCUUGGCACAGAGCUGGCCUACCAGUAUGGUCCACAGGUCCCUGGGGGUCAUAUUGCAGUUCAUUCAGUAGCUGGAAGAUAUACAGGAGACAACUUCACAGCAUCCGGCACCCUGGGAGGCACAGGAGUCCACCUGUGCUACUACCAGAAGGCCACUGAACACCUGCAGUUUGGGGUAGAGUUGGAGACUAGUUUGAGAAUGCAAGAGUCUGUUGCUUCUAUGGCUUACCAGUUGGAGAUCCCCAAAGCCAACACUGUGUUCAGAGGUACACUCGACACCAACUGGACAGUUGGGGCAGUCAUGGAGAAGAAGUUGAUGCCUCUCCCUUUCACCCUAGCCCUGUCUGCCAUGCUUAACCAUCCCAAGAACCAGUUCAGGCUAGGGUGUGGCUUUAUCAUAGGGUAGUGAAAGUAUUUGUGGGCCUCUCAUUCAUGCCAUAUUCCUCCCCUGUACCUGAGGGGGCAGGAGAUCAGCAUGUAUGGUGCCACUUGGUAAAUAUUGUAUCUAUAGAGGGAUUAAUGGACUGUAUAUAGAAACAAGGGAAGGCCUUGUAGCAUAACACCUGUACACCACCUGUGUGCAUCGUGACCAAGUACUGUGUACUUAAGUGAACAGUAGUACAUUUUUGGGAAUAUAAUAACCAGUCAUGGAUAAACAGUAUUGUUUUCCUUUACUGUGCCAUUAUUCCAGGAUGGGUUCCCAUGCCCUGCCACCAUUCCUUAUUAACCAAAAUUUAAGGAGUUUCAGUUUUUAGCAAUGCCAAGCCUUCUCUCUCGUGGCAUGUGGUGUGGUGUGUGUGGGGAUGUGAGGGGACAGAAGCAGAUUGUGUGGAUGUUGUCUCUUUUUAUACAACUAAUUGCAGAUAGUUUUAUUUAGUUUCAUGUAACUUUCACAAUUAUGUCCUUCACAGACUCUUGGCCAUAUAUUCCUCGGCCAAAAAUGAGGGAAAUUUUUGCAGUGAAGGAAUUCCUGGGUCAGCCAUGGACAUACCUGGGUUGUUAGGACCAUUCAUCUUCCUUUUUAAAUGUAUAUUGAUAAGGUCCUUCAUUCAGGAUUACAGGUGCUGAUAGAGAUGGAGAUUUGUAUAUUAUAGAAUUAUUUGGGAUGAACUUAUCUUUGCUAAUAUAUUACUUCACUGUGGGAUCUGAGGACACUUGAAUUGGUUAUAUGACUGCUAAAUAUAUUGUCAUUCACUGGUUUUGUUAUUGUUGCAUUUAACAACAGAACUUUUGGAUGACUCAUUUGGAUGUCAUAUAACUUGAAAGAAUUGGAUUCCUUGGUCAUUGAAAAUUAAAUAGACAAGAGUUUUGUGAUAGGUACAUAAUAGUUUGUCUUACUUUGUUGUUAUCAUCUGUAUUAUAUCAGCUUGUAUUUCAAACACUUAAAGCCUCAAGAGGAAGCGUGGUUGGCAAAUGGUAAAGAAUCCUUUAGAUUUGCUGAUUAGUUGUGUAAAAUAUUGAAUUGUCAUUACAUCGGUUUGUGUGUAAAGAUGUGGAAUGACCGUCAGUAAAACUUGUUACUGUUAAUGAUCCUGCAAGCUGUUACCAUGAUGCAUAACCAACUGUUGUCAGAUGGUGCUUAAAAUUGGGCAUUGUGACUUUCUAAUUAUUUAAAAGAAAUACAUUAAAUUAUAGAAAAUAAAAGAAAUGUACUUCAAAGAAAGAAAGAAAAAAAUAGAUGAGUUAA